AUGGGAUAUUCCUCCAGCCUUAAUGACUACUCACUAUUCUCUAAAAUCACUCCCAGCUCCACUGUUUUUAUUGCUGUUUAUGUGGAUGACAUACUGUUGGUUGGCAAUGAUACCUCUGAGUUGGACUCUAUCAAAUCCUUUUUAGACAACCAAUUCAAGAUCAAAGAUUUAGGUUCUAUUCACUAUUUUCUGGGACUUGAAGUUUCUCAUCUGCCCCAAGGAUUGCUGGUUAAUCAGCACAAGUAUCUCAAGGAGCUCCUUACUGAGUUUCAUUGUGACUCUGCUUCUCUUGUUGUUACAUCAUUGGACAUGUCUAUCAUGCUCACUCCCACUUCUGGUGAUCCAUUGGCUGAUGCUUCCCCUUAUAGAAGGCUCAUAAGAAAGCUAAACUUUCUUCAACACACAAGGCCAGAUAUCUCUUUCUCUGUUCAACACCUAAGUCAGUUCCUUAAUGCUCCUCGAACUGCUCAUAUGAAGUCUGUAACUGGUUAUUAUGUCACUCUUGGGGACAGUCCUGUUACUUGGAAGUUUAAGAAACAACCUACAGUAUCAUUAUCUUCUGCAGAGGCUGAAUACAGGGCUCUUAGAAAGAAUGUUGCUGAGCUUACUUGGCUUGUUAGGUUGUUGGCAGACUUGGGACUUUCUAUUUCUGCUCCAAUUCCACCCAAUUCAUUUAGGCCCAAACGUCUCUGA